AUGUACAGAAGUGCUGCUUCGCGCCUCAGAGCUCUCAAGGGGCGUGUGGGAAAUCUGGGUGCAACCCGAUAUGCAGCAUCAAGUGCAGUUGCUUCUACAACAUCAUCCUCCCCGGAAAUUUUCAGCUGGCUGAUUGGUGAACGUGCUAGUUCUUUUCCUCCUCUGAAUUCUCCAUUUGAAGGCGUUUCUUCUCCACCAUCCCUCCCAGAUUAUGUUGAACCCAGCAUGAUUAAGUCGAAAACCCUUCCAAAUGGUCUGACAAUAGUCUCUGAGACAGCUCCGGGUCCUGCAGCAUCAAUAGGGAUGUAUAUUGACUGUGGUUCUAUCUAUGAAACACCCCAAUCGUGUGGAGCCACUCAUUUGCUUGAAAGAAUGGCAUUCAAAAGCACUCGAAACAGGAGCCAUUUUCGCAUUGUGAGAGAAGUUGAGGCCAUCGGUGGUUCUGUAGCAUCCUCGGCUUCGCGAGAACAAAUUGGAUACUCGUUUGAUGCCUUGAAGACCUAUGUUCCUGAAAUGGUAGAAUUGCUCAUCGACUCCGUGAGAAAUCCCGUGUUCAUUGAUUGGGAAGUCAAUGAGGAGCUGAAAAGGGUGAAGGACGAACUCAGUCAAAUCUCUAACAAUCCCCAAGGCUUACUGUUGGAGGCUAUUCAUUCUGCUGGUUACACCGGUGCAUUGGCGAAUCCUCUUUUAGCUCCAGAGGCAGCAUUGAGCAGACUGAACGGUGACAUUUUGGAGGAAUUUGUAGCUGAGAAUUACACAGCUCCUAGAAUGAUCCUUGCAGCGUCAGGGGUUGAAUUUGAGGAGCUUUUGUCUGUUGCUGAACCACUUCUCUCUGACCUUCCACUUGUCCAACAUCCGGAAGCACCAAAAUCUGUAUAUGUCGGUGGGGAUUAUCGUCGCCAGGCAGAUUUACCGGUAACACAUGUUGCUCUUGCUUUUGAAGUUCCUGGAGGCUGGCAUAAUGAAAAAGAAGCUAUUACUCUAACUGUGCUCCAGAUGCUUAUGGGAGGAGGUGGCUCGUUCUCUGCAGGGGGACCCGGGAAAGGGAUGCACUCACGAUUGUAUCUCCGUGUCCUAAAUAACUAUCAACAGCUCCAGUCCUUUUCUGCAUUCAACAGUAUCUUCAACAACACUGGAUUAUUUGGCAUUUAUGCAACCACUACUUCUGACUUCGUAGCAAAGGCAGUUGAUGUAGCUGCAGGGGAAUUAAUCUCCAUUGCUACUCCUAAACAAGUUAGUGAGACACAGCUAAAUCGUGCUAAAGAGGCCACAAAAUCUGCAGUUCUCAUGAAUCUUGAGUCUAGGAUGAUUGUGGCGGAAGAUAUUGGCAGGCAGUAUCUGACUUACGGUGAAAGAAAGCCAGUGGAUCAUUUCUUGAAGGCAGUGGAUGAGAUCACGUUGAAGGACAUAACUGACAUUUCACAGAAGUUGAUCGCUUCACCUCUAACAAUGGCAUCUUAUGGCGAUGUCAUACAUGUCCCUAGCUACGAGUCGGUGAACUCAAUUUUCCAUGCGAAAUGA